AGGUUUGUCCCGUCGUUUCAUUCCGGCCGGCCGCCGCCACACCAAAGCAACCAUGGCCUUUUCUGCCGCCCUCGCCUGGGCCGCCACGCAACUCCUCCGCGGGAGCCUCCCUCCUGCCCGCUUCGCCGCUGCCGUCUCGCCUCUCACAUACAGCAGCAGCCGCCAACUCUGCAGUACCCCCAUCGCCAACGAUUCCUCCGCCGCAGGACCGUGGGACGAGGCCGAGACGGAGAUCCUCCGCGACGUCGAGCCCAUCGUGAAUAUCGUCAAGGACAUCAUCCACUCCCGCAGGUAUAAAAAUGGUGAAUUUUUAAGCCCAGAUGAUGAAAAGGUUGUAAGAGAAAAGCUUCUUUCUCAUCAUCCUCGUGCAGAAGAAAAGAUUGGUUGUGGGCUUGAUGGUAUAAUGGUUGACAGGCACCCUGAGUUCAAGUCAAGAUGUCUCUUUGUCGUUAGAACAAAUGGCGAUUGGGAGGAUUUCUCAUACCACAAGUGUCUCCGGGCAUACCUUCAAAAGAAGUAUCCAUCCUAUUCAGACAAGUUUCUGAAGAAGCAUCUUGUUAACAAGAGCUCCAAUCUUUUCCGUGUUCAGAAGAAGGCCAUGGUGGAUCCUUUGCCUGCUGGCAGUUGACAGGAUCUUAGGUUUCCCUGCUAUGGUUAGGGCUUAGAAGUGUUAUAUGGUCUUCGGUGAACAAAUUUAAUGUGUUUUUUUUAUAAAUAAAAAUUAAACUGGUUAUGACUAUGGCCCAAAUACAUAUUUUGGGCUGGGAUCGUAAGGAUGUUGCAUGGUGAACAGAUUUAAUGUGUUUUUUAUAGUUGAU